UAAUUCAUGCGCCGCACAGCGUAGCAGCCAUAUUGUAGCCGGCGGCAUCCAUUAUAUAGGUCCCCUAAAUUGAAAGUCGAAACCCUAACUCGAGUUACGAAGGCACAGCCCUGUUCUUCACCUCUCUAUUCCCAGUGUCAGGAACGCAGUAUGUCUCACCGCAAGUUUGAGCACCCAAGACAUGGCUCUUUGGGUUUUCUUCCCAGAAAGAGAGCUUCUCGCCAUAGAGGGAAAGUGAAGGCAUUUCCCAGAGAUGAUCCAUCGAAGCCUUGUAGAUUAACUGCUUUCCUUGGAUAUAAGGCUGGAAUGACUCAUAUUGUCAGAGAAGUUGAAAAGCCUGGAUCAAAGUUACACAAGAAAGAAACAUGUGAAGCUGUAACAAUUAUAGAAACGCCCCCUAUGGUUGUUGUUGGUGUUGUUGGCUAUGUCAAAACGCCACGAGGUUUGCGUUCAUUGAAAACUGUAUGGGCCCAGCAUUUGAGCGAGGAGGUCAAGAGGAGAUUUUACAAGAACUGGUGUAAGUCUAAGAAGAAAGCUUUCUCUAAGUACUCAAAGAAGUUUGAGACUGAAGAUGGAAAAAAGGAUAUUCUGGCACAGUUCGAGAAAUUGAAGAAAUACAGCACUGUGAUUCGUGUUCUGGCCCACUCCCAGAUAAGGAAGAUGCAAGGACUAAAGCAAAAGAAAGCUCACUUGAUGGAAAUUCAGGUGAAUGGUGGAGAUGUUUCUAAGAAGGUUGAUUAUGCAUAUAGUUUAUUUGAGAAGCAGAUCCCUGUUGAUGCAAUCUUCCAAAAGGAUGAGAUGAUUGAUAUUAUUGGUGUAACUAAAGGAAAGGGUUAUGAAGGUGUGGUUACCCGUUGGGGUGUCACUCGUCUCCCCCGCAAGACCCAUCGUGGCCUUCGCAAGGUAGCCUGUAUUGGUGCUUGGCAUCCAGCCAGAGUGUCAUUCACUGUUGCUCGAGCAGGGCAGAAUGGUUACCAUCAUCGCACAGAGAUGAAUAAGAAGGUUUAUAAGGUUGGGAAGACCGGCCAAGACUCCCAUUCUGCUAUGACUGAGUUCGAUAGGACUGAGAAGGACAUAACUCCAAUUGGUGGAUUCCCUCACUAUGGUGUGGUCAAAGAGGAUUACUUGAUGAUCAAGGGCUGUUGUGUGGGUCCAAAAAAGCGUGUUGUCACAUUGAGGCAUUCACUGAUUAAGCAGACGUCAAGGGUUGCUAUGGAGGAAAUCAAACUGAAAUUCAUUGACACUUCCUCCAAGUUUGGCCAUGGACGGUUUCAGACAACACAGGAGAAGGCUAAGUUUUAUGGACGAGUCAAGUAGGUGUUGCGUGCGACUGAUUUUUUUUAUUCUCGAUGAUUUGGGUUUCUUCAUUUUAAACAUGUAACGUUUUCAGACUUGGGAAAGGUGUUGUUUAAUGUUAUGAUGACUAUUCAUCCUUGGUGUUCAAUCUGUUCUUCAAUCCUCCACCUAGUUGUCUGGUGGUGUUGUGACUCCGUACUCAUCUGCUUGUUUUGGAUCCUGCACCCUUUUUCUUGACCCAGUUGAUUCAACAUUUUUGUAUCCACCCAGUGGGGAUCAAAUAGACAGCGGCACCAAUUUGAACACGUUUCUGUGCUGUUUCUAAAUUCAAACAGGGUUUCAAUAUGAACAUAAAUGAGAACAUGGAAUAUCUGGCGUC